CCCUGUCGACCGUCUUCACUAACAGUUCAACUCUUUCAUUUCUCAAAGCAAAGCAAAGCAAAGCAAAACCCACAAUGUCGUUUGCAGCAUCUAGGGUUUUCAAGGGGUGCAGAGCCCUGUUAGCCCCAACGAAGUCCGCUGCCGCCACAACAACAACUGCUGCGUCGAAACCAAGAGCCACCAAGACAGUCGAAAAACGGAAGUCAAAACCGGCAGAUCCUCUUAAGCGUACUGGGAUACUUAAGGCCACCCCAAUCUCCCCUGCUCUUCGCGACUUUCUGGGGGUUCCUGAAUCCUCUCGUACGGAUGCCGUCAAGAAGAUAUGGGUUUAUAUCAAGGAUCAAAAGUUGCAGAACCCCGCAGAUAAGAAGGAGAUCUUUUGUGAUGAGAAGCUGAAGACCAUAUUUGAUGGAAAAGAAAAAGUUGGAUUCCUGGAGAUAGGGAAGUUGCUAUCAUGUCAUUUUGUGAAGACCGGUUAACUUUCAUUAUUUGGUGUUGGAUUUGUGGCUGAACUCUUCAUGGAGCAAAGUUCUUAACUACUGAUCUUGAAUCCUUUUAUGUGCUAUUAUACUGAUAUUUUCCUUUUGUAUGAGAGCCAAGCGUUUAUGAAUUGUAUUGCUACUGAACAAGCAUUUAGCUGGACAUUAUGUAAAAAUUGGCUAGGAAAAAAGGGUUCAUAAUUUGACCUGUUUUCUAA